ACUGGGCCGAUUGGCAGAAAAUCGUUCGGCAGAAUGACGUCUGGCAGAACGCUAAACGGCAGAAAAACAAAUGGCAGAAAUGGCCAUCUGGCAGAAAAGGUUAAUUGGCAGAAUGCUAUCCGGCAGAAAAUGUCGUUUGGCAGAAAAUUAUUCAGCAGAACAGUAUAAAUGGCAGAAUGGCCUUUUGGCAGAAUGUCAACUAGCAGAAUGUGUCAUUUGGCAGAAAAACGUCUGGCAGAAUAAUUUCUGGCAGAAUAACGUCUGGCAGAAUAAUUUCUGGCAGAAUAGGUCAUUUGGCAGAAUGUCGAAAUUAAAGCCGACAAUUGCUUUGAAAUUUUCUAAACCAGUGAAGCGUGCAGCCGGCUAAGUCCAAGGCACUUCGACUGGAUAUUUCGGAUCAAACACUUUCACUCUUUUUCACUGUCUGAUUUACUGUCUCCCUUUAUUUGAUUUCAGCUUGGCUUUUUAUACUAAAUCUAGUUAUUUACUUAAUUAUUUAAUAUCUUAUAUUUUUACCCCCACUCUAGUUUUUGAUGUUGCAUAAUAUAUCCGUCCUUUUCGGUUUCACUCCAAAAAUUCUUCCUCUAACUUAUAUAAUAUAUUUUGUCUCAUUUACAACCCCCACUCCAACCUGUAUUUUUCUUGAUAUAAUGAAAAGUUUCCUUAAUUCUCUCUUUUUUCCCAGAAUUCAACAAUAUAUAACUCUCUUUUUUUCUUAUUUUAUUUAUUUUUCCCCCCACUCUAAAAAUCCUUCCAAGUUAUACAUACACUCAAAAUACUGUUCACCACAUAGUAGCAUGAAAAUUCAGGUGGCAGUCAAUUUUUGGUCUAAAACAACGUUUUACAGGAGUCAUGCAACUAUCACAGUGCAUUCCCAUCAAACUGACUUGAUUUUCAUGCAGCCUACCCUCACACAACUAAAUGUUGCAUGAAAUUCCAGCCUGAAAAUUUGAAGGCGUGGUUUGCAGUCAGCUGUUUAUUGGUUUGCAUGAAAUUCAUGGAACACCCGCAUGAAAACUGAUACGGAAAAAUUCCGCACACCUUUUCAUGCAACAAUGUGGUGAAAAGUUUGUUAGUGUUAGUUGAGAUGAUUGAGAGGUUACAUGAAUUUCCCGUCUGAAAAUUUUUCGAGACUUGCCGAUCACAAGCCAAUGCUCAGUUGGUUUUGCUCCGUGACUUGCGACGGGUGUGUUUUUAUAAAGAAGUUGAGAGUUGAACUUUACGCGUGGACUCUAACCAUCAUAAGAUUUUCCGGUGCUUCCGUCAAGAUCGUCUCACUCGAGGCGGACAAACCGCUGGAGCAGCAAUCGUCGGCACGCCGGAAGCCCAGUGGAAGGCCCGGUAUCUGAUGCGGGAAGAGGGCUUCGUGUCCGGCACCGACGACGUGAGAUUAACCAUGGAGAUCUUGGUGCCGAGUGCGCAGGUCCGACGCAUCAUCGGCAAGGGUGGCCAGAACGUGCGCGAGCUGCAGCGGGUCACCGGAAGCAUAAUCAAACAACCCGAGCACACGGCCGCGAUGCACGUCCACACGUCACAUGUUGAAAAAAUAACCGAUUGCAUACAAAUUGGUAAGUUUUCAGCUUUUCCCUGAUGUGAUUUAUAUUAUUUUAUCUAAGUUUUUUUUCUAUA